GACGAACCGACUACGGGAAUGGACCCUCAGUCCCGGCGCCUCCUGUGGGACUCCAUUGUUGGUGUGCUCAGAGAUGGGAGAGCAGUGGUUCUAACCUCACACAGUAUGGAAGAAUGUGAAGCCCUCUGUACUCGUUUAGCCAUCAUGGUUAAAGGUACCUUCAAAUGCCUAGGCACAAUUCAGGAGCUAAAAUACAAGUUUGGAGACGGCUACAUUGUCACUCUGAAAAUCAAAGCUCCGAAGUCUGGGCUGCCUCCAGAUCCUACUCCUGCUGAGCAAUUCAUACGCAUGAACUUCCCAGGGAGUUUACAGAGAGAAAAACACUACAACAUGCUGCAGUAUCAGAUUUGCUCCUCCUCCCUGGCUAAGAUUUUUCGGUUAAUAAUCUCCAAUAAGGAAAACUUGCAUAUUGAAGAAUAUUCUGUGUCUCAAACAACUUUAGAUCAGGUUUUUGUGAACUUUGCUAAACAGCAGAUGGAGGAUGAGGAAAUUCCUUUGCACCCCCGUGCAGCUGGAGCCAGCCGAGAAGCAAAGGUGUGCCCUGCUGGGCAUAAGCAGGCAGUUGCAUAG